AGAGAGAGUGUGUGAGAGAGAGAGAGAGAGAGAGAGAGAGAGAGGUCUAUGGUGUGGCGGUGGAUAGCGUUGCCUUCGAUUGCGCCGUUUACAUGUGUGCGCGAGGGAGAAAGGGGGAAACCGAUACCCGUUUUUUCGAGGAGGUAUUGGCACCGACGAGCGCGAGACUAAUGGAGCCGUGAGGAGUGUGAUGUCUUGCAUUUCCUUCCAGCGAUGAUUAGGCUCUGCUUCCUGGUUCUGUGACGGACCAACCAGGGAGGAAGAAGCCUUCUUCAGCUCCCGCCCUCCCUCUUAUCCCUCCCCGCCCCUUUGGAACCCUGGACACGCCCACUCACCCCUUAAUCCAGCCUCCUUUACUUCACCACUUCCAACUAGGCCCAACCCCACCCCACCGCCGCCCCAACACACCCACGCCACACCCCUAAACCCUCAUCCUAAAGUUGCCGCUCCAGCUGUACUGCAGGGCAGCCUGAGAAUCUUGCGAAUCAGGGCACACAAACGCGCAGAUGGUUGGGCCUGGGCGUUCGUAUCUGCUGAAGGAGCCGCGUAGCGUUGGGCUAAUCUGAAAGGAAGAGGCUUCGAACCCUGACCCCCCAGCCCUGUGAGCCGUCAGAGAAGAGCAGACACGCCCCUUACAGACUCACAGACUCACAGACAGACAGACAGACAGGCAUGUAGGAAGCCAGUGGCUUAGCAUCCUAAAGAUCUCAUUGGCUGCAAAGACCGACCCCGCCCUUUUUAAAACCAAGGCUCACCCAGCCAUGCGUCACACCUAACUGCCAGACCAGAGAGCCAAUCACGUGAGGCAGGCACUCAGAGGCACGUACAGAGCAGCACAAACAAACGUGCGUACACACAAACAUACAUACACACACACAGAAACACACACGUGUACACACAAACUUGUGUACGCAAACACGAGUACACACAUACGCACGUACGCACAAACUUGUGUAUUCAAACUCGUAAGCGCGCGUAUACACACAAACACGCGUAUAUAGACACGCACACACACAAAGGCGCGGACACACACACAUAGAGGUGUGUGCACACACACUCACACACACACACACACACACAGAUAGAGGUGUGUACACACACACACACUCACACACACACACACACACAUAGAGGUGUGUACACACACACUCACACACACACACACACACACACACACACACACAUAGAGGUGUGUACACACACACACACACACACACGCCCCAAUCUGCCCAUCGGAGGGCGUGGAGGUGGCCUGAGAGCUGCAGUUAAAACCCACGAAGAAGAGGCCAGCCCACCGACGCCCGCCUCAAGAUGAUGUGCGAGGUCAUGCCCACCAUCUCGGAGGACGGGAGGGGUGGGGCCGGCGGGGGCCCCUCCUCCCCGGCCGGGGGAGGGGGCGGGUCCGGAGGCGGGAUAGGCGGGCCGGGGGGCGGGUACGGGGGCCGGGACGGGCGCGGAGGGGACGAGGGCGGCAGCUCGGGGAACCUGGAGUCGCUGAUGGUGAACAUGCUGACGGAGAGGGAGCGGCUGCUGGAGAGCCUGAGGGAGACCCAGGACUGCCUGGGCACGGCCCAGCUCCGACUGCGCGAGCUGGGCCACGAGAAGGACUCCCUCCAGAGGCAGCUGUCCAUCGCCCUGCCACAGGAGUUCGCGGUCCUGACCAAAGAGCUGAACGUGUGCCGGGAGCAGCUGCUGGAGCGGGAGGAGGAGAUCGCCGAGCUGAAGGCCGAGAGGAACAACACGCGGCUGCUGCUGGAGCACCUGGAGUGCCUGGUGUCGCGUCACGAGCGCAGCCUGAGGAUGACGGUGGUGAAGAGGCAGGCCCAGUCCCCCGCCGGCGUCUCCAGCGAGGUGGAGGUGCUCAAGGCCCUCAAGUCUCUGUUUGAGCACCACAAAGCCCUGGACGAGAAGGUUCGGGAGAGGCUGCGCGUUGCUCUGGAGAGAGUGGCUGUUUUGGAGGAGGAACUGGAGAGCUCCUCACAGGAGGUGCAUUCUUUAAGAGACCAAAUAAAAAGACGACAACAAGGGUUGGAUAAUGGAAGAGAGCGGCUGCCCAACGGUCCUUCCUCCAUUCUGGAUGAUGGAGAGAUCGACAGGCAGAGAGAAGGAGAGAUAGAGCGACAGAGAUCGGAACUCUCCCAGCUGAGGGAGAGACUGGCUCUCAUGUGUCGGCAGGUAGGAGAAAUAGAGGAACAGCUCGCUGCAGCCAGAAGGGAGGUUACGAAAUCUGAAGAAGCCAAUCAGAAACUACAGAGGGAUGUGAAAGAGGCUCUCUGUCAGAGGGAGGACAUGGAGGAACGGAUCACCACGCUGGAGCGCAGGUAUCUCAGUGCACAGAGGGAGGCCACCUCUCUCCACGACAUUAAAGACAAGCUGGAGAACGAGCUGGCCAGCAAGGAGUCUCUCUACAGACAGAGCGAGGAGAAGAACAGGCAGCUGCAGGAGCGGCUGGACGACGCCAAGCAGAAGCUGCAGCAGACGCUGCAGAGGGCCGAGACCCUGCCGGAGAUAGAGGCGCAGCUCGCCCAGAGGGUGGCGGCCCUCAACAAGGCAGAGGAACGCCAUGGCAACUUCGAGGAGCGGUUGCGGCAGAUGGAAGCACAACUGGAGGAGAAGAAUCAGGAGUUACAGAGGGCGCGGCAGAGGGAGAGGAUGAACGACGAGCACAACAAGCGGCUCUCCGACACGGUGGACAAGCUCCUCUCCGAGUCCAACGAGCGGCUGCAGCUCCACCUGAAGGAGAGGAUGGCUGCCCUGGAGGAGAAGAAUUCUCUUUCUGAGGAACUGGCAAAUAUGAAGAAAAUACAAGACGAUCUUUUAGCGAACAAGGAUCAGCUGAUCGCCGAGCUGGAAAGACUUCAGCUGGAGCUGGAUCAGUUAAGAGGGAGGCCCGGCUCCUCCUCCUACACCAGGUCUCUUCCAGGAAGCGCGCUCGAGCUCAGGUACUCCCAAGGGGGCGGGUCCCUCCCGGCCGGCUCCACCGCGCACCUGGAUCACUACGGCAACGCGGCCUCAGGGGGCGUGGUCCGAAGGCCUCACCGCGGGCGAUGGGGCCCCGCCAGGGAGGACGCGAGCAAGUACGGGGAAUGGGAAGGCGGUGCGCUGCUCGCCCCCGGGUUCGAGGGCGGCGUGGAGGGCGGCUGCUCGGACGAGGAGGAGGAGGACCGCGAGACGCUCUUCGGCUCGGAGCUCCUGUCGCCGAGCGGGCAGACGGACGUGCAGACGCUCGCCAUCAUGCUGCAGGAGCAGCUGGAGGCCAUCAACAAGGAGAUCAAGCUGAUUCAGGAGGAGAAGGAGAGCACGGAGUUGAGGGCGGAGGAGAUCGAGAGUCGGGUCAGCAGCGUGGCGCUGGACGGGCCCCCCCUGCCCCCGUCCUCUCUGGGCGGCGGGCGGGACGGGGCCGGGCGAGGCUUCAUCCCCCAGUCGCUCACCUCCUCCACCCUGGCCUCGCCCUCGCCCCCCAGCUCGGGCCACUCCACCCCCCGCAUCCCUCACUCGCCCGCGCGGGAGACUGACAAGCAGAACAAUAAAGAGGACGACAGGUCGCUGGCUCUCCCGGACUCCACCCCCCCGCCGACCCCUCGCGCCCUGCGAUUGGACAGAAUGACCCACACGCACCCCGGGGCCAUGCUUGACGAUAGCCGUGAAUUCCGCAGGUCGGUCAGCCAGCACAGCCUCAGAAGCCAGCUGGGCAAAGGACAAUCCAGGAGCAGCUCUAUUCUCUCAGCGGAUGGGAGCGCGGCUAACAGUAGCCAGGACUCCCUGCACAAAUCCACGAAGAAGAAAAGCAUCAAGUCUUCCAUCGGCCGCCUCUUCGGCAAGAAGGAGAAGGGGAGGAUGGGCGCGUCGGGACGGGAGUCCGUCUCUCUGGCCUCCACGCCUUCUGAGGACCUGGGCUCGGCCGAUCCCCUGGGCCUGACCAAGCUUGCGGGGCCCGUGGACAAGGACCGCCGCAGCAAGAAGAAGCACGAGCUCCUUGAGGAGGCUUGUCGUCAGGGCCUCCCCUUUGCAUCCUGGGACGGGCCCACCGUGGUCUCCUGGCUGGAGCUGUGGGUGGGCAUGCCCGCCUGGUACGUGGCGGCCUGCCGGGCGAAUGUGAAGAGUGGCGCCAUCAUGGCCAACCUGUCGGACACGGAGAUCCAGCGGGAGAUCGGCAUCAGCAACCCGCUGCACCGGCUCAAGCUGCGGCUCGCCAUCCAGGAGAUGGUGUCCCUGACCAGCCCCUCGGCCCCGGCCAGCACGCGCUCCUCUACCAGUAACGUGUGGAUGACGCACGCGGAGAUGGAGUCACUGACCGCGGCGACCAAACCUGCCGUACCACUGAGCCUCUCUCCCUCUCAGUUUCUGUGCAAGUGCACUUUUUUCCCCGCUGACUGUUUGUUGACUAACAAGCUGUUCCUCCCUUUGUCUCCCCUUAUCUACUCAUCCUCCUCAUCCUCCUUUCCGCCCUCAAAAAACAUGUCUGCUCUCCCUCCGUAUCUCUCUCUCUCCCUACAUAUCUAUCUCUCCCUCUAUAUCUUCUCCCUCCCUCUCUAUUCCCCUCUGCCCUCCAUUCUGUCUCUCUCCCUCCAUAUCUCUCUCUUCCUUUAUGUCUUUACUGCUUCCUCCCUCUCUAUUCCCCACCUCCCUCCUUUCUGUCUCCCUCCAUCCCUCCCUCUCUUUCUCUCUCCUGCAUUUGUUCACGCGCCUCCAAAGGAGCUCAAAGAGAUUAGCUGGGAUCAGAUCCUGGCCUAUGGGGACAUGAACCACGAGUGGGUGGGGAACGAGUGGCUGCCCAGCCUGGGCCUGCCCCAGUACCGCAGCUACUUCAUGGAGUCCCUGGUGGACGCCCGCAUGCUGGACCACCUGACCAAGAAGGAGCUGCGCGGCCAGCUCAAAAUGGUGGACAGCUUCCACAGGGUCAGUCUUCAUUACGGCAUCAUGUGUCUGAAGCGCUUAAACUACGACAGGAAGGAGCUGGAGAGGAGGAGGGAUGAGAGCCAGCAUCAGAGCAAAGACGUGAUGGUGUGGUCCAACGAGCGCGUGAUGUGCUGGGUGCAGACGGUGGGGCUGAAGGAGUACGCCGACAACCUGGCGGAGAGCGGCGUGCACGGGGCCCUGCUGGCGCUGGACGACACCUUCGACUACACCGACCUGGCCCUCCUCCUGCAGAUACCCAAUCAGAACACGCAGGCCCGGCAGCUCCUGGAGAAAGAGUACAACGCUCUCAUCACCAUGGGAACGGAGAGGCGACCCGAUGAGGACGGGACGAAGACCUUCACUCGCUCGCCGUCGUGGCGGAAGAUGUUCCGGGAGAAGGACCUGAGGGGGGUGACGUCCGACUCCUCCGAAACGCUGCCCGCCAACUUCCGAGCCUCCGCCAUUUCCACCCCCUCCGUGACCCUGAGGAAAGUCCAGAGCGAGGUGAACUCUGGAUCCAGAGCAGAGUCGGGGUCUGUGAGGACGUACUCCUGUUGAGACACACUGGGGGGCAGCUUGCUGACGCGACGGGAUUUUGAUUUCAUAAUUUUGGAAAAAGCAAUGAACACGAGGGGGGAAAACGGAGACGUUUGACAACUCUGCAAUAACCAUGGCGACUGAGGCUGACCAAUGGGAAUGGAGGAAACCCCGUGGCUGAAGAAUACGGGAUAAGGGACAGAUGAAGAAUGUACAGAAUGGAGAGGGGGGGGGAAGGAAGAAUGAAUGUAUGGAACAGGGGGAAUAUCUCAAAAAUGAUAUGUUUAUCAGUCCAUCGUUCUCCCUCUGUCUCUCUCUCUCUCUCACUCUCGAGCGACAGUUGUUCUCUGAAGCUGAGAGGCGAUUUUGGGAAAGCGGGGCCACAUGUUGCUGGCUCAGCUUAGCGGUGCUCUGUGAAUCUGAAUCUGAGAGUCUGUGUGGCCAUGAAUGUGCCCAAUGUCCUGUGUGGGAAUGAACAGCUGGUGUAUGUAUGCUGGUGUAUGCAGUGUAUGCUGGUAAUGGAUAGGGGUUUGUACACUGGGCAGAGGGUUGGUCUGGCUCGGUCUGGUUCGGUCUGGCUCGGUCUGGCUCAAGUCUGGCUUGGUCUGGUUCAGUCUGGCUCGGUCUGGCUCAAGUCUGGCUUGGUCUGUUUCGGUCUGGCUCAGUCUGGCUUGGUCUGGUUCGGUCUGGUUCGGUCUGGCUCAGUCUGGCUUGGUCUGUUUCGGUCUGGCUCGGUCUGGUUUGGUCUGGCUCAAGUCUGGCUCGGUCUGGUUCGGUCUGG